AUGACAUCAGUAUUACCUUCAGCCGAUUCAGGAUACCUACCUUAUUUCCUACUGUUGAGUACGGUAGCAGGUACCUACAAUGCCUUCCAAAAUCAUCUCGUGAUUUGGCAGAGUAAAGAGAUCUAUUCCCGCAAAUCAGAUGAGAUGACCUUCCUCGCCGGGAGGAUGUUCGGUAUCUGGACCGCCUUGGCAUCGUUGAUAAGAGGUAUGGCAACGUAUAACGUUCAUGAUCGAGUAGCAUACGAUCUGGCUAUUGGUACAUACGCUUUGGCAGCUUGGCAUUUCACUUCCGAAUGGUUGAUAUUCGGUUCGAUCAAACCUAACAGAGGAUCCAUAGGACCUCUCAUCGUUGGUUGGACUGGGUUGAUUUGGACUUUAACUCAAAGAGAUCAUUAUCUUCCAUAG